AUGACACAUCUCUUUCUGAAUACAGACUUAGCUUUAGAAGAUAACACAGAUAAUAAGUAUAUCUAUAGUGUUAGAAGAACAGGGAAGGCAUCAACCUUAUUAAGCCUGUCGUAUUUUGAGCCACAGACUGUGCAAAGAGUCUACAACGAGCUUUUCCUACUGCUGAUUAAUCCCGCGCUUGACGAAUGCUUUCGAAAUCCCAAAACUGGUAGGUUAAAAGAGCAUUUCGUAUUCAUUGUGGAUAACGGACCAUCAGAGGCACCAUCCAGCCCAUUAGUCAGAAUGUGGUUGGCACGAAUUGCUAGAGUUCUCAAGUUAAAAUCGGUAACACAGAAAUCAUUUGCUGAAUACCACAGUAAGCGUAACCCAGUUGAGCGAGUACACGCUGUUCACAACCGUGCAUUAUCAAACGAGGUAUUCUCAAGCAAAGGAAUUCACAAACAUUUUGAAAUUGGAGACGAAUAUCAUCUUGAAAACAUGGAACAUAUGGCAAAGGAGGUAGAACAAUGUUUAGCUACCACACAAUAUGGCGGAAAAUCUUGUGUUGUUCAACGUGGACUCGGAAAACAAGAUAAUUUUGUUUUUGAUGACGAAUUGCAGCUUGUGACAUUCCUUGGUAAGAACGAGUGUCAAAAGAACUUGGACGAUAAUUUGUACAAACCAAUUCAAAAUGAUCUUUGGAAAGAAAUUACUAUGCUGUGGGAUCUUGACGAAAAUAUGACAGGAAGUUAUCGGAAUGACUACCAAAUAUUACAAAAUGCUUUCCACGAAGAAGCUGAUCGUACUUGUUGGACUGAUAAGUAUUCUACAACAAUUUUUAACCCAGAUUUUCAACAUACUGCAGCAGACAUGAACGCGCAUACAAUGCAACCAAUCCCAGACUACAUAAGAUGGUUAUACAUACAGCUGGAGAAAUACAUUACCUGCCGUUAGAAAAAAUGGAAAAACUCGAUACUGAUGUAGUGGAUGAAACACCGGGAGCAUUCCUUCCGUCCAAGAUACUCGAAUUAGUCAUUAAAGUUUUUCGUCAUGGAUUGGACCAAGUGUUGUCAAGCCUUUGUGUCCUUUGUUGGUGUUCCGAAGAGGAGAUAAAAAGAUUCGAAGAUGAAUUCCGAAACAAACUAGACACGUCAUUUACAAAGGAGAAAGAGAGAGCGUACUGGUCACAAGAUGAUUUAUAUAAGAAAAACGACAAAGCAAAGCUACAAUCACUGUGUAAGAAGAAUGGUAUAAGUUCUGAUGGGAUAAAACAUGAGUGCGUGAAACGCUUAGUUAAAAAAUUGAAUAGAAACCCACCUCCCGUUCUUGAGAAAUAUGAUGGUAAACUCUUCUCUUUACCGAAUUAUGUAACGGAAAUUGCCAAAUUUUCUGUUUACAAGCUUCGUGAAAUCUUACGAUUCCAUAACAUAUUGGAUUGUGGCACCAAAGACGAACUCGCUAUUAGAGUGGGAACAUUAAGAGCAGGAAGAACUCAUUUGGUUUUUCAGAAUGAGAUCCAUGCAAUUCAAGAUAUUAUAAACGCGACGAAAACACUAAUAAGGAGACAGAAAGAACAUCAUCUGACAGAUCCUGUGGUUAUUCAUAGAAUCAGAAAGUUCUUAACACCAACCACUGCAUCUCUGAAUAUGAUACGUCCAAGAGACAGUGCAUCGGCAUCCGCCAAACAGAAUGGAAAACGUUUGGAAGUUCCGGAAGAGGUAACGUUAGAGACCUUGGAUGAAGUUUUUAGACCUAUAGAAGAUGAACUUUUGGUUUAUAUUGGCGUAGACAGUGUGGAAAAUGCACCUGAAAUUGUUGCAGGACUUUUGGAUGCCAUUCGAACUGUUGGUGUAAGGAUAUUAGCACGGUGGAGUAAAGAAGAAAUUGGUGAUUCAGGAUGGAAAACUGGUAAAUUCUAAACAAUAAUUGACUUAUUAUGAAAUUAUUAUAAAUGUUUACUCUGUCAAUAUUUUUGAUAGGUUGGUAUGUAGGGUCUGUGUUGAAACACAAUAAAGAACGUGACACAAUAGAAGUAGAGUUUGACACAGAAGCUAAUGUUAUCUAUACGUAUAAAGUGGAUGAAGAUGUUAAGGCAAACAAGAUAAGGCUCGCUCAAUCCACUAAACGAAGUAUUCAGGACUAUGAAGAAGUAUGCCAAGUUGGAGUAGUGGUUGAAGUCAUGUUGGAAGAAGAUGAACUUGAAGAUACAGACUGGACAUCAGGUACUAAUUAGACAAUAAUUACAAGUAGUACUGUAGUUUUAAUUACCAGUGCCAUGACAACCCUGUUGUAUUUCAACCAGAUUACUUAAAUAACGACUUUUUAAACUUUUCUCAUUCAAGGCUGGUACACUGCUGAAGUACAAGCUGUUGAUUACGAUGACGGUGAAGUUGAUCUAUUUUUUUUAGACAAGCUAGAUUUUGUAUAUAACAUCCCAGUAUUGCCAAACCUGAUAACAGGAAAACUUCGGCUGAAAGAGAAAUUAUUUUAG